AUGCAGCUGGUUUCUAUUUCGUAUCUUAGAAUAGACAUACGGAACAAUACAGCACCUUUUUCCCCACAAAGUGUUCAAAGCGCACAUGCGAUAGCUGUAGCUGGAGCUCCAACACCCUUCACUUUUGGACGGUUGGCGAAAGGAUCACUUCACAUUUGGGCGAUUGGCGAAGAGAUCCUCAUCACGAGUAAAACGUGGAUCAAAUUACUGCGGUUAUUAUUAUUAUUAUUAUUAUUAUUAUUAUUAUUAUUAUUAUUAUUAUUAUUAUUAUUAUUAUUAUUAUUAUUAUUAUUAUUAUCGUUACUUUUUUCGCGAGGAAACAACGCGCGACGCUUGGCUUUCGUCCUGGCCGAUCUACGAUUGACCGAUGCGAACGCCAGCCGAAUGUCCAGUUUUGCCGCCGACGACAUUAUGCGAAGAACAGUAGAUCAGUGCAAGCAGAUGAGGAUCUCUUCGAGACCUCAAACGGGAAUCAAGGCGGACAGAGAUCCAAUACAAUUCUAUCGCCAACGAAGUAAAACUGCGAGUCUACCUAUUCGCAAUUCGGCCGAUCAUGAUAUACGGAUCGGAUACUUGGGCAGCACUAACUACGGUGAUGAAAGAGCUUGA